GUCACCCAGGCAAGGACCUACCCUCAAGCAAACACACGCUCUCACUCACACUGACUCACACACCGUCCAGGCAGGCAGGCAAGCAGACAGCUCCAUCUCGCUGCGGACUCUCCCUCUCCCUCUCUCUCUCUCUCUCUUUCUCUCACUGUUGCAGCGUAAGAACAACUCCAGGAAAAGAGAGGCAGACAGGUUUGCAAGGUGCGAAGAGGGCAGGAAAGGAUUUGAUCUGAAAGUGUGGUGUAAAGAAGGAGCAGAAGAAGAGGAAGACAAAGGAGGAGGAUAAAUAAAAAAGGAUCAAUAAAAAAAAAAAAUUAAAAUGGAAUUACAAUACACUUCAAUUGAUUUUCAAGACAAAAUUUGAAUUUCCAGAGCUUUUUUUUAUUUGAAUCUUUCCAAACGCCUCCUAUAUAAUAUACAGUAUUUAUUACUUACAAACACACAUUUGGGGAUAGAGAGUAAGGAAGGAAGCAAUUUGCAAGGGAACAAUUUUUAUUUUUUGGAGCUUCUUUCCAAUGGCUUUCUAGGGUGAUGGGUGCUCAGUUCUCAUUUGUAAGUAUAGUGGGAAACCGUCUCCAGUCCGUUCCCCUCAUUCCCAGCUGUCCCAGUUUCAGUCCCAGUAUGCCCUGCUCGCGUGUGGGCGCUGUCUCUGCAGUUUGACCAUGUGGAAAUGGAUGCCACCCACCGCCGGACCUCUUCCUGCUGCUGCUUCCGCCUCUACUUCCCCUGCCAGCCCCCGUGCCUCUUCCCUGUGCCUGGCGUGCUGCGCCCUCCUCCUGGCCACCAGCUCUGCCCUGGGGGGGUGCCCUGGUGGGACUGUUCCCAGCCCUGAGCCCACGAGGGUGCAGGAGGGGGCCAACUGCUCCUGGAGCCUGGACCGGCACGCCCGCAGCUACAACCACUUGGAGGGAGACGUGAGGUGGCGUCGGCUCUACUCCGCCACCAAGUUCUUCCUGCGCAUGGACAAGACGGGCAAGGUGGACGGCACGCGCAGGAAAAACUGCAUCAACAGUGUAAUGGAAAUCCGAUCCGUGAGCGUGGGAGUGGUGGCCAUCAAAUCUGUCAACACCGGGCUGUACUUAGCCAUGAGCAAGAAAGGAAAGCUCUUUGGAUCGGAAGAGUACAAUCACAACUGCAAGUUCAAGGAGCGAAUCGAGGAAAACGGCUACAACACGUACGCGUCGUUGCGCUGGAAGCAAAAGGGACGGCAGAUGUUUGUCUCGUUGAACGGCAGGGGGACCCCACGGCGAGGACACAAGACAAGAAGGAAACACCUCUCUGCACACUUCCUGCCCAUGCUGGUCUCCUAGCAACCAUUAUUAUUAUUAUUAUUAUUAUUAUUAUUAUUAUUAUUAUUAUUAUUAUUAUAAUUUUACAAUUUUACUUCCCUGCGUGUACAUUUUAUUUUGUUUC